UCACAUAAAAUAUUUUAUUUAAUUUUUAUAUUCCUUGUAUCAAAAUACUUUUAUUUAAAAUUACUAAUUAGAUGGCGUUUCCACAGCCUAAUGCUCAACGAGAAUUGACAAAUAGAAAAAUUUUGGAGGAAUUGCAACUGAAAAAGCAAAUGUUAUUGAAGCAAGGAGCUGUAGCCCCUCUGACCGCUACGUCCUUAACACUCACUCAACCGAACCCUGUGAGCCAGCUACCCAUGUGCUCUAUUCCACCAGUAUCUGCUACAGCCGGUUUUCCACAGUUGCCUGAAGCUAAUAUAGUGAAUACAAGCCACAGAGCGGCAUUGCAGCACGCGAAUGCUACAUCUUGUGGUUAUUUUGUCUCACAAGACUCAUCUUUUGGAAACCAAAUUUUACCUGUUCUACCCAGGUUUGAUAACAAAUAAAUUAUAAG